AUGGGUGAGGAUGAACGGAGGGAACGACACUAUCUGCACGACAAAAGCGUACAACAUCAACAGACAAAAAUAUACUUAUCGGUUGGUCGGGUGGGUGUGCGUCCUGACUUCGGUGCCUCUCCAGUGGUGCCGUCAAACGCUGGUUCCGCCACUAAAAACGCGCUCCUACCGAUGAAUCGAUUUAAAUCGAAUGGGAAAAGUGUUGACGCAGAGUUUCUAACAUCAAAAGAUCAAUCUUUGAUUGCGAUUCAAGGACCUAAAGCUGUCACAACAUUGGAUAAACUCAUUCCUAAAACAAAAACUUUAGACCAGUUGUUCUUUAUGCAGACAGCAGUUUUAGAAGUAGCUGGAAUUAAGGAUUGCCGUAUUACACGCUGCGGUUACACAGGCGAAGAUGGUGUAGAGAUUUCUGUACCUUCCUGCUAUGUCCAACACCUGACGGAAGCAUUGUUAAAUGAGAACGAGAAUAUUAAAAUGGCUGGAUUAGGUGCGCGGGACUCAUUACGACUGGAAUCGGGAUUGUGUUUGUAUGGAGCAGAUAUUACUCCUCAGACUACUCCUGUUGAAGCAGGGUUGACUUGGCUAAUAGCUCGACGCCGGCGAAGCGAAGCAGACUUUCCAGGCGCUAACCGAAUUUUAGCUCAGUUACAAAAGGGUACCAAGGAUGUGACACAUCGCCGUAUUGGUUUCACAAUGCUUGGAGAAAAAAAGGCUCCACCAGCACGCACGGGAGUUCAGAUCUAUAAUCAAAAUAAAUGCGUGGGGUAUGUAACAAGCGGUUGUCUCAGCCCUAGUCUUGGAAAAAAUAUUGCUAUGGGAUAUAUUUUUGAAAAGUUUUGUAACGCGGAUAUCUUAGUUCAGUUUAAAAUUCGAAACUCUUUUUUUGAAGCUAUUACUGCUCGAAUGCCUUUUGUCAAGUCCCAAUACUAUUUAAAACCAAAGAAAUAAUUUUCGUUAUAUAUUUGAUGAAUAUUUUUGAAAUAUUAUUAUUCUAUGAACAUCUAGGUAGCCUAUAAAUAUACUUUUCAUUUCUAACACACAAAACAUAAUACUGUAAAUUGUUUUAAAAGAAGAAAUAAACGCAUAUAUUAUAAUUUAA